AUACUACCAAUACUACCUUGUCGAUUAACAUCGUUAAUUUUGGUCAGAGUAGUUUGGCUACAAGCGAAUUAUUAUAGUUUUUAAAACUGUGAAUACAAUAAACAAGUUAAAAUAUUUUACAUAAAAACGAUUGCAAAAUGGUCCUAUCAUUGUGGAAAUCUUAAAGUUGUUAUAAUUGCAAUAAAGUUGAAAGGCUACCAUAAUAAAAAAUCGUUCAUAAAGGCACACCAUUAAUCGUAAUUGAAGAUCGGUAGAUAUAAAUGAGAACUCCGCCAUAAGUGUCACUUAAAAUGAAUCCCUCGGAGUUGCGUAUGAUGUGGAUGAGUACUUAUAAUCCAGAGCGCAUCACAGUGGAAGACGCACCAUCAUUUUUUGGUCAUCCCUCAGUAGGACUUUCUGUAAUGGAUGAUUUAUCUUCACAUCAACAAACCAUGGACUUAAAUCCAAUGAUGAGCAUUGUUGGGGGGGAUUUUAGUGGUCAGGCCGCAGCAGCAGCGGCAGCGGCAGCUGCAUUAGGCGUACAACCGGCAGCUCUAAUUGCGACAAAUUCGAACGAUAUUUAUGGUUUAGCACAAGUAGGCGGUUUACAUCAACAAUUGCUUCAACAAUCUGCUGCAGCUGUUUUUCAAAACUACACAGAAGUUGUAGAUGAUGAUGGUACCGGCCACGGCGUGAUAGACGCUGGUAACGGUUCUUGCGGCAAUGUCAGUAUUGUUGACAAAUCAUUGGCUACACAAUAUGUGCAUAGCGAUGAGCCACAACCCAUUUAUGAUCAAUUGGAAGAUGGUAGUUAUGAUGAUGGUCUGGCACCAAAGCAGGAAAUUAUAAAUAUUGAUGACUUUGUAAUGAUGACCGAUUCAAAUUCAUAUGAUGGUACAGAAUUUAUGGCAGAUGAGCGAGAUUUGGCGGAUGGAAGUAGUGGUGGCGUUGAUAUAGCUCAUGCACAUGGUAUGGAUGAGAACGGUGUACUGGUGCCCAUGGAUAGGGGGCACAAAUUGAUAGGCGAUAGUGGCGAUGAGGUGAUGGUGCCCGCCUCCACAUCGGCCGCAUUACAGGCUGCAGCAUCAAGCUCGUCAAGAGGAAUCGGUGGAAGUGGAGGAGUGGGACACCAUCGCUCAUCGCAACGUAAGACACGCAAAAUUGAACCUGUUAACAGACCAGGAUUGGUCUUGAAGACACCAAUAGCAUAUAAGGGCAAUAUAGAUCCAUCAGUUAUACCAAUUCAAAAAGAUGGCAUGGCCGUCUGCGAGCGCUGCGGUGCUAUCGGUGUAAAACACACAUUCUACACAAAAUCUCGGCGUUUUUGCAGCAUGUCCUGUGCCCGUGGUGAGCUUUAUUCAUUGGUUGUCAACAACACUAAAAUGGCCGGUGGUGCGCAGCAACAGCAGCAAUCUAUUUCGAAUUCCCCCAUGCAUGAACACAUUGACGGAGCAGCUUGCAGCAGCAACGGUAAUAGCAACGAUAUACAACAACACGGCACACAAUCUCAACAAUCUGAUAUUGAGUUAGCGCUCCGUGUUGCUCAUAUUAAGAAUUCGAAUUAUCGUUUUCGCAUCACAGACCAAUCGAAAAUCACACAAAUCAACGGUUUUGGCGAGCCAAUCAUGUCUGGCGAUUUGACUGGCGUGGACGGCACUGGAGGAUUGUCUACCGUAAAUACUGAGGAUGGGGCAUUAAGUUUAAAUACUGGCAGUUUAGUUGCCACGCCCAAAGCACUACAAAUGUACCGCGAUGUAUUGCCACAAGAGGACCUGCCGCAAAUACCGAAAUUUGAACGUCUACCAGUUUCCUGCCCGCAAAUGGAAAAGAUAAUUAGUAUACGACGCCGUAUGUAUGAUCCGACUCAUUCGUUUGACUGGACGCUGCGUUUGUCACAUCCCAACUUUUUCGCUGCACCCGUAACUUGCUUCCCCCAUGCACCUGGUUAUGAAGUAUGGGAUAGUAUCGGUAUUGACAUGAAGGUGGAGGUGGAGAACACAGAUUGUGAUAAUACGGAAGUAGUACAGCCGGGUCAAACGCCACAUUCAUUUUGGGUUGCGACGAUUUUAAAUAUUUGCGGUUAUAAAGCUCUCAUGCGUUACGAAGGCUUCGAUGAGCCCACACAUGACUUCUGGGUUAACCUUUGCAAUGCGGAAGUGCAUUCAGUUGGUUGGUGUGCGACCCGUGGUAAACCUCUAAUACCGCCUCGAACGAUAGAGAACAAAUAUAAGGAUUGGAAAGAUUUUCUCGUCGAGCGGUUGUCUGGCGCACGCACUCUGCCCUCCAGCUUUUAUAACAAAAUCAAUGAUAGUAUGCAAUCACGAUUUCGUUUAGGUUUAAAUUUAGAGUGUGUUGACAAGGAUCGAAUCUCACAAGUUCGCUUAGCAACUGUGACAAAAAUUGUAGGAAAACGUUUGUUUUUACGAUACUUUGAUUCGGAUGAUGGUUUUUGGUGUCAUGAGGAUUCACCCAUUAUACAUCCGGUUGGUUGGGCGACUACAGUGGGUCAUAAUUUAGCGGCACCACAUGAUUACUUGGAACGCAUGUUGGCUGGCAGAGAGGCAAUGAUUGAAGUGCAUGAAGAUGAUGCAACUAUUGAGCUUUUUAAAAUGAAUUUCACUUUCGAAGAAUACUAUAUGGACGGCAAAGGCAAUGGUUUUAUGGAAGGCAUGAAAUUGGAGGCCGUUGAUCCGUUAAAUCUUUCAUCAAUUUGUGCAGCUACAGUUAUGGCAGUGCUGAAAUUUGGUUACAUAAUGAUACGUAUUGAUUCUUAUCAACCAGAUGCUACCGGGUCAGAUUGGUUUUGCUAUCACGAGAAGUCACCGAGCAUAUUUCCCGUUGGCUUUUGUGCAUCCAAUAAUAUCACAUUGACACCACCAAAUGGUUAUGACAUUAACACCUUUAACUGGGAAACUUAUUUGCAGGAAACGGGUAGUAUUGCAGCUGGUCAACAUUUAUUUCACCGCAUUGUGCCAAAUCAUGGUUUUCAGGUCGGUAUGAGUCUUGAAUGUGCUGAUCUAAUGGAUCCACGAUUAGUAUGUGUAGCAACUGUGGCACGUAUUGUUGGGCGUUUACUCAAAAUACACUUUGACGGCUGGACGGAUGAGUAUGAUCAAUGGCUGGAUUGCGAAUCGCCUGAUGUUUAUCCAGUAGGUUGGUGUGUGCUUGUAAAUCACAAACUUGAGGGUCCACCAGUGCCGAUACAGGCCACCGCCAAAGUGAACACCAAGGCGAAAAGUCCGAAAAAACGUAAGAAAAAGUCAAUAGCAAAAGGUGGUGAAAUUUCAAAUACAGCUAAACCACGUACAAUCGCUUUGAAAACGAAUCCACAUCUUCCCAAAUUAAGCAUUAAACUCGAACUUAAGCCAGAACAUCAUAAUGCCGCUUUCUAUGAAGAUAAUAAUGAAGAUGAUGAUGAUGAUGUAGAGUAUGAGGAAGACAGUACUAGUCAUCGUUCAGGGCAGUCAACACCGUUAUCGCACAAUGAUGGCAGUCAACAGUCAUUAAUUGAAAAGACAACGAGCACGGUGACUCAGCCGGCGGCGGUAAUGAGAAGCGGCAAUGCAGCUGUAAAGAAAUCAGUUUCACCAGCACCGCCGGUAGUUGGACGCAAGGCCACCAGUUACAUUGGGAACUCCGCCGUUAGUAAUAGCAAGUACAUUCCGCGUCUUAUUGAAUCAUCUUCGAAUGAAAUCAACAACAGCAGCAGUAGUGGUAACAACAGUCAAAACGCGGACCCACAAGCAGACCUUAUACCCGACACAUGGAACGUUUAUGAUGUUUCACAAUUUUUAAGAGUUAAUGAUUGUACGGCGCAUUGUGACACUUUUUUGCGAAAUAAAAUCGAUGGCAAACGUUUAUUACAACUAUCUAAGGAUGAAAUAAUUACGUUGCUCGGUAUGAAAGUGGGACCUGCGUUGAAGAUUUCCGAUUUGAUACAACAGCUAAAAUGUAGAGUCAACCCGGGUAAAUCUAGAUUACUUAAGGCAAACAAAACAUUUUUAUAGUGCCUUUCGAGAUCACAACAAUUAUUAACAUUAAAACCACCUAAGCCAACAACAUUUCAAUUUAAGCUCUCAUCACGUAGUAACUCUUCACAAUAUUGUAACUGUAUAUUCAAUACCAUUACAAUUGCCGUUAAGUAAAUAUAAAUAUAAAUAUAAAUAUAAAUUUAUAUAAUAUAUAGUAUAUACCUAUAUAUUACGAGGUUAUGGAGAACGGUACGAGGGAACAGAGUACCUCAAAUACAUGCUGGAAUCUAAUUAAAAUAGGAUGAAUGUUGACAAAUCAACAAGUUAAUUAACUUAACAAUGGUUAAGGGCUAAUUAUCAAUUGGAAUACUUAUAAACUCUAAUUUUUUUUGUUUUUGAUUAAGUUGUAGUUAAGCAGAAACAAACAGAAUAAGCUGUCUUUUUAAAAGCAACAAAAAAGAUAGAUGUUCGGUUAGCCCUAAAAAAAAAAAAUUAAAAUAAAAACAUAUUUUUAAUUACAGUUUUCUUUAAUGACCUAGAGUAGAUACUUAUUUUAUAAAUAUUUUCAAUUCAUACAUAUGUAUUUUUAAUAUACCGAGAACACCGUAACUUUAUUUU